UUUGCACAAAGAUUUGGGGAAUACUGAAACCGACCAACCAUUUACCAAUCUGCACUGUCUAUUUUAACACACGACGAGGAAGAGACAAACAUAAUCCUCAACACUCGCAUAAUUCUCGCAUGGUUCUAGAAUUUGCUUCUCUCACUUCUUCUACCAAGAAAACAGCAAUUUUGAAAUUCUUUUUGCCUUCCACGGCACGGACGUGAUUGACGAGCACCCGCGUUGCAUUUCAUCUAAUCAUCGUCUGUUUCUUAUUAUCUACUGCUGCGUGAGCAGAGUCAAAAUCUUCAACGGGCGGGCGUCACUGCACGCCAACGGCGGCUCUCCGCCUUGAACUAGACUAGCCUGAGCGACCAAGCUCAGUUCCAAGCCAAACGGCGAUUAAACCCGGCUUGCCCGGGCUUGAGUAAAUAGAGGCACCGAGAGCAGACGAUCCCGCAAGUUUUCCCACACGAGCCCGCAAUGGCAACCGAAGUCUCGCAACAUCCCUCAGAGGGCCUGCCACAUCACCCCAGAGAUCGCUCCGGGAGCAUGUCAGUCGAAGCACUGGCGUCGGCCGCCGGUGCUGCGCCCGAGAAUGGAGGCGGCUCCUCCCGAGACGACGCCGCGAGAAUGUCGUCACCGGUUCCCGAUGCGGGCAACAGCGAGAUUGAGAGGCAGGUGCAGGAGGUCCUAUCUUCCGAAAUCGGAAUCUCGACGCUCCUGAACAGAUUAAAACAAACCAUAAGCUCAGCAAAAGAGUUUGCGCAGUUUCUUAAGAAGCGCGCCGCGAUCGAGGAGGACCACGCCUACGGCAUGCGCAAGCUGUGCAAGACGACGCAGGACAUGAUGCAGCGGCCGGACCACAAGCAGGGCAGUUUCUCGGACGCCUACCACAGCAUGAUGGUGAUUCACGACAAGAUGGCGCAAAACGAGCUGCAGUUCUCCUCUUCGCUGCAGCAGAUGCACGACGACCUGGUCGAGCUGGCCGCAAUCGCUGAGAAGAACCGCAAGGGGUGGAAGGUCAACGGCCUGGCUGCGGAGCAAAAGGUGGCCGACAUGGAGGCAUCGGUGCGCAAGCUCAAGGCAAAGCUGGAUUCGACGGCUGAGGAGUACGAGCGCGUCCGCACCGGCGACUCGAGCCAGAAGGGGGCCAAGAUGUUCGGCUUCAAGGGACCCAAAUCGGCGGCCCAGCACGAGGAUGACCUGUUGCGCAAGGUACAGGCGCUAGACCAGGACUUCCGUUCGCGGGUUGAUAUGUUGCAGGCGGAAAAGUCGGAGCUUAUCAACUCGACUAGACCUGAAGCUGUGAAGGCUCUACAGGAUAUCAUCAAGGAGUGUGAUGCUGGUUUAGCGCUUCAAAUCCAGAAAUUCGGGGUGUGGCCUUUAGCAUCCUUCAACGAGAAGCUGUUACUGAGCAAUGGCCUCAGCAUAAGUCCGCUGAAGAAAGAGGGUGAUAUCAAGAGUUUGCGGGAUGUCGUCACUGCGAUCAACAACGAGAACGAUCUUAGCAACUACGUGGCUGGUCAUUUUAGACAGUUGCCCUCACGAGCAGGGGAGCUCAAGUACGAAAGGCAUUCGGUUCUUGGCGGAGGACCAUCGAUGGCGGGAGCAUUGGCAGGAAACCAGGGCCCAACACCACAACCUUACGGACAACCAGGGGGCCAGUACAACAUGGCUCAGCAGCAAUUCAACUCUGGUCCUGCUCAACAACAAUCGAACAACCCUCCCAUGGGAGGAGUCCCACCGAUGGCUGGGGCUCAACGACCAUCAUCAAGGGGUCAUGAGCGUAGCUUUAGUCAUGGUAGCCUUCUGAGCAACCCACAGAUAUCUCAACAGCAACAGCAACCUGCGCGAAACUCGGCACAGGCGGCUGUUCCUGGCCCAGGAUUCAAUGGACCGCCGCAGCUAGGUGCUCUAUCUUUCCAACAACAGCCAACAUUGCAGCAGAUGCAACCCCAAUCGCAGCCACAGCCACACCAGCAGCAACCGCAGCAACCGCAGCACAACAUGGGCCCAGUGAACCCGUUGAUGCAACAUCCACCUCAGCAUGGUAAUGGUGGACGGCCGGGAUCACCAAGCUACGGCCAGGGAGGACGAAACCAGUCGCCACCACACGGGGCUUCAGUGCGGCCUGUAUUCGGCUCAUCAUUGAACCGACUGUACGAGAGAGACGGACUCGCCGUUCCGCAGGUCGUGUACCAGUGCAUCACGGCUGUGGACUUUUAUGGUCUGAACGUGGAGGGUAUCUACAGGCUCUCUGGGUCUGUCCCGCAUGUGAAUAAACUCAAGAAUAUGUUUGAUACUACUGUAGCCUCGGAUUCGCCCAGCCUUGAUUUCAGGAACCCUGAAAACUUCUUCCACGACGUCAAUAGUGUGGCGGGGCUUCUGAAGCAGUUCUUCCGUGACCUCCAAGACCCGCUCUUGACAAGGGAACACUACUCUGCAUUUAUAGAAGCUGCCAAAAACGAAGACGACAUUGUUCGACGUGAUUCGAUGCACGCCAUUAUCAACAACCUGCCCGAUCCAAACUAUGCAACUCUCCGUGCGCUGGCCUUGCAUCUCCACCGCGUCAUGGAGAACAGCCACGUCAACAGGAUGAAUUCGCAGAAUCUGGCCAUCGUUUUCGGACCGACUCUUAUGGGCACUGGUGCUCACAGCGAUAUUUCGGACGCAGGCUGGCAGGUCAGGGUUGUGGAUACAAUUUUGAUCAACACCUUGGAGAUUUUUGACGAUGACUGAACUUGCUGAUCCUUGAUUGAGUGGGGGAAAUUGGGGUGCUUUUCGUGAUGAUGAUGACGACGAGGUUCUUGCUGUUGGUUCUCUGUCAACGAUUACCUAGCGAGUUUGGGGGAGUUUGGCUGCAUCAUGAUCCAAACACAUUCAUUGGUCGGAGUUUCUCUUUUUUUUAUAUUCUUAUUCCCAGCCUGUGUAUCAUGGCUCUUUGUUGGUGUAACGGCAUCGGUGAAGGCAUAUUUGACUUUUGCUCCUGUUUCUUUUCAUCGCUUGGUUCAUCAUUUUGAUGCCCUUGUCUGUGACGAGACCAUGUCCACUGCCGCGUUUACUGUCCAUUUUUAAGGUCUUGGGUUUGAUGGGCGCAACCAUUUGAGCUUUGAUAUCUUUGGUGUAUCAUACAUACAUACUGCUUUUUAUGCCGCUUUCAUAUGGAAAGUUAUCAUUCCC